GUGUGCCCGUAGCAGAAGGCCACUAGGCAGGCAGCACUGCAAAUCAAAGGAAAGGCGGAAGCUUUGCCGGCCAUGGCCAUGCCGUCCACCGCCUCGUGCUGCUUCGCCUCCUCCUCCUCCUCCCCCCGCCCAACCCACACCGCCGCUUCCUGGACCCCCGCGCGCAUCCGCCUCGGCUCCCGCUCCGCCCUUUCCCGGAGCCCCCUCCGGCUCUCCUUCUCGUCCGCCGAGCCGGCGCCCGAUGUCGCCGGCGACGAUGGAGAAUACACGGACAGGGAGGUGGAGGAGGACCGGGACGAGCGGUAUGGAUUCGAGAUGGAGGUGCGGAAGCUGCCGGGGAAGAAGAACCGGCGGCUGGUGCGCGCGCGGGUGCGCGUCGGCGCGCCUCUCCAGGCCGUCUGGGCCACGCUCACCGACUACGAGGGCCUCGCCGGCUUCAUCCCCGGCCUCUCCGAGUGCCGCCUCCUCGACCAGGACAAAGCCUUCGCCCGCCUCUACCAGGUCGGGGAGCAGGAUCUGGCGCUGGGGUUCAAGUUCAACGCCAAGGGCACCAUAGACUGCUACGAGGGGGAGAUGGAGCUGCUGCCGGAGUCCGGGGGACGCCGCCGGGAGAUCGCAUUCAACAUGGUCGAAGGCGAUUUCAAGGUCUUCGAGGGCAAAUGGUCUGUCCACGAGGUCGAUGGUACUACCGACAAAGGUGGGGAAAUUUCGGCGGGCCAGGAAUUUCAGACCACGCUUUCGUAUGUGGUGGAGCUGGAGCCUAAGCUCUGGGUUCCAGUCAGGCUACUCGAAGGAAGGAUCUGCAAAGAGAUCAAAACCAACCUUGUUUGUAUCAGAGAAGAAGCAGAGAGGGUCCAAAGAUUGCAGGGGACGAGUGAUAACUAGGAUGAAUCCUGAAGGCUUUCUUACAAUGUCGUUCUUGAUUAUAGUUCUGUGUACGCUCCUUAACAGAGGUAUGUUCAGCCCGACUUCAGUUAUGUUGUUCGAUCCUUGUGAUUGAAGUGCCAUGAGCCAGAUGGGUGUCAGUCUCACAGGGAAUCAGGUAAACAAAAAUCAGCAUGCUUCUUGCAUCAAGGUGUUGUGGAAGGGCCCCCAGUUGUGUUGACAUGGCAGGAUAACGAAUGGAGGGACUUCGCCUGAACCAAGUCUUGCAGUUUAGGAUUUGUUUUUUCUACCUAAUCGAAGAGUGGGCAACUCUGCAUACAUAAUUUUGUUAGAAGAUGUUGACGGGAUGGUUGGUUGACUGUAAUGCAUAGACAGCAAACACUGUCCAGUUGUGUUUGUUGUAAUGUCGUCUCUGAUAUGAUUCUACGUGUAUGCAAAUUCAUUCUGUAAUAUAAUGCAGCAGAUAAAUUAUCAGUUCCUUUGAUACAGUUGAACAAUAAAGCAGUUCAGAACAAGUUACCAAUC